UGGUACAUGUCUCCAUUCCAGGGAGGCCCGGGAGGAUCAGGCUGUGGCUUUGGGAACUUUGAAGAGAUCGGACCCCUGGACAGAGACCUUGAGCCUAGGAAAAACUCUUGGGUUCAGUACUCCAGUGUAUUGUUCGUUGAUAACCCGGUAGGAACAGGCUUCAGCUACACGGACUCAGACGAGGCCUUCGCUACUGACGUGGCUACGGUCGCCUCCGACAUGCUGGUGCUGCUCAAACAGUUCUUCAACAAGGAGGAACAGUUCCAGAGCGUGCCCUUCUACAUAUUCUCAGAGUCCUAUGGAGGGAAGAUGGCUGCCGCGAUCUCACUGGAACUCACUAAGGCCGUAGAAAAAGGAACCCUGAAGUGUAACUUUGUCGGAGUGGCUCUGGGAGACUCUUGGAUCUCUCCACUGGACUCUGUUAUGACCUGGGGUCCUUAUCUGUACACCACGUCCCUGCUAGAUGACUACGGCCUGCGGGAGGUGACCAGUGCAGCAGAGGCGGUGAAGCAGGCGGUGGAUCAGGGGCAGUACCUGAAGGCCACAGAGCUCUGGUCUGUCACUGAGAGUGUCGUGGAACAGAACACAAACGGAGUCAACUUCUACAACAUCCUCACCCAGGAACCUGAUGAGGAGAUGUCCUCCGUGGCUGGAGAAGGAUUCCUCUCCCUGCUGAUGCGGCAUCACAUUAGCCCCCUCCACCGCCAAUCACUGAGCCAGUUGAUGAACGGGCCAAUCAGGAAGAAGCUGGGAAUCAUCCCUCAGAACGUCACCUGGGGAGGUCAGGCUGAGGCAGUGUUCAGCAGCAUGUCAGGUGACUUCAUGAAGCCAGUGGUGGACGUGGUGGAUCAGCUGUUGGAUGCCGGGGUCAACGUCACUGUCUACAACGGACAGCUGGACCUCAUAGUGGACACCAUGGGUCAGGAGCAAUGGGUGAAGCAGCUGAAGUGGGUGGGGCUCCAGAGCUUCAGCCAAAUGAAAUGGACUGCCCUUAAUGACCCCGCCUUCCCGGGGGUGACCGGCGCCUUCUACAAGACCUACAAGAACUUCUCCUUCUACUGGAUCCUCAAGGCUGGUCACAUGAUCCCCUCGGACCAGGGACCCAUGGCACUGCAGAUGCUGAGGAUGAUCACACAACAGGACUGACACACACACAUACUGCACACACUCUCUCAUUUAGUAACACACACACAUACUGCACACACUCUCUCAUUUAGUAACACACACACAUACUGCACACACUCUCUCAUUUAGUAACACACACACAUACUGCACACACUCUCUCAUUUAGUAACACACACACAUACUGCACACACUCUCUCAUUUAGUAACACACACACAUACUGCACACACUCUCUCAUUUAGUAACACACACACAUACUGCACACACUCUCUCACUUAAUAACACACACACAUACUGCACACACUCUCUCACUUAAUAACACACACGCAUACUGCACACACUCUCUCACUUAAUAACACACACGCAUACCGCACACACUCUCUCACUUAAUAACACACACACAUACCGCACACACUCUCUCACUUAGUAACACACACACAUACCGCACACACUAGAGC